CUUCCUCCCCGCCGCUCAAACUAUCCAGUCCUCCCGUCUUUCAUACACGCUUCCUGGAGGAUAACCACAGCCGUCUUACGGAGCAAGCAAGCCGGGGAGGUAGAAUGAGGUAUACUUAUCUAUGUGAAGGAACAUGGACCCUUGAACUCAAGAAAUGACAACCCCCCCCGGCACAAUCUAGUAACAUUUUUGAGUUUCUAUCUGUUUUCUUUGGUUUUCCAUCUCUGUCUUUGAUGGAAAACAACUGAUUAUGUGGCAUUUUUCAUUCAGUUGACACUUAGCAACGCGGUCCAUGUCCAAUUCUAUCUCACUACUGUAAAGCCUGCUUGUCUCUUGAAGAGUGAUAUUUAAAUUCUACCUUGACACACCUUUCUCCUGCCUCCACAUAUCUCUCAUUUCUGUGGAAGAUCGGGACGUUUGACGUCAGCACUUAAUACGCAAUAUUCCACUGCAAUCUAGUGUUAAUUAAAUUGCUAUAGCCUCCUUGCAAGACCAAGGUGUGUUCAUUUUUGUCUGAUUCAUAGUUUUAAGAUUUGUUGUAUUUUAUGUUAUUUAAACUCUUGACAUGUAGCCGUCAUUUCUAUGCUGCACUUUAUUGAUAAAUAUCAAGAUAAUUUCAAACUGUAAUUUAAGCAUAUCUUUGAGUUAUGUAUAUUUUUUUAAUCUUUAGGAGUAUAUAUAUUCUGUUUUAAUUUUAAACUGGAAAAGUAUAUCGUUUUUGUUUACAAGCCUCAUCUGUCUAUCAUUCCGAAAUGGACAAAUCUAGAAUCUGAUUGCAUUUAAGGACAAGGCAGACAUAAUCUGGAAUUGACAGAUUUAAGAUCUAUCCUUGUCUUCGGCAUUUGCAUUGUGAAGGCUGGUGUUUUCCAUUGUUUUUAUCUGUUCCUCUGUUGACACACUAAGGAGAAGAAUCUCCAUCUGAAGGCCAGUGGGAUCGUACAAUACUUCUUUGAGUGCAGAUGGUUUUCACACGUCAACUCAGAGGUGCUUUUGUGGGUUGCCUUUGCAAUUCGAGCACUGAAGUGGAAGAAUGAUUUUAAGGAGGUUUCAGGGAUAAAUAACUUGUGUUUUUAAGACAGACUGACAGGUCUAUAGUUAUAUUUUGGUCAUCCCAGCAGAUCCUAAGGAGAGGUGCUUCUAUUUGAUUCUCCUUUAAGGUGGCCAUCAGUCGCCGAAAUGAACUGACAUGUGUAUCACUACCUGAAUUUAAACAUACUUAUUCCAUCCAACAAACUGCCAACUGCAUGAAACACUCACACACCGUCCACCUGUCAGGAAACAGACCUUACCUACCCUAAACCUGAGGGUUAGAAGUCCGCUCCCCGUCAAGCCCCCCACGCUAAGGAUGCGUUCCCCAGAGCCCCCCAUCCCAUCCCCAGCUGAGGCGCUACUCCACUGCCAGUUCGGGGGCUGGGGAACGGGCAGCAGCUGCAACAACAGCUGCCCCAACAGCCCUGGAGGUCCUGGGGGUCUGUCAUCCCCUUCUCCCUCCCCCAGCCCCUCUCCUGCCUCCAGCUAUGCCUUGACCCUCACCCCCUCCCACAUCCACGUCCAGCGCCUGGCCCCCCGCCCUGGUAAAGAGGCACGUCUAAUACUACCCCUGUCAGAGCUGGCAGGGUGCAGCUGUCCCCGCGCCCCUGCUCCCCCCUUGCUGGUUCUAUACUGGUAUCCCCCGGGGAAGCGGAGGAAGGGGGUGUCCAGGAGGAGGCAGGUGAGGGUGUACCUGGCUGAGGCCAGGGUGGAGGCUGAGAGGUGGUCCACUGCUAUACAAUGUCUGCUCAGGGGAGUUGCCAUCACUGCUGACACGGAAAUUGUCAAACGUCUACUGCCCCGUCCCCGAAGGCUGCUGCUAUUGGUGAACCCCUUCAGUGGGAGAGGCCAGGCUAUGCAGUGGUGUCAGACACACAUCCUGCCAAUGAUCAGAGAGGCUAACAUCAGCUACAACCUGAUACAGACAGAGCGACAGAAUCAUGCCAGAGAGUUGAUCAAAGAGAUCUCCCUGCCUCAGUGGGACGGCAUCAUCAUUGUCUCUGGAGAUGGCCUGCUGCACGAGGUGAUCAAUGGUUUGAUGGAGCGUCCAGACUGGGAACUAGCAAUAAAGACACCUGUAGGUAUCCUUCCCUGUGGCUCUGGAAAUGCCCUGGCUGGCUCCAUCAACCACCAUGCGGGUUAUGACAUGUGCCUUCGGGAGCCUCUCCUCCUCAACUGCUGUUUUCAGCUCUGCCGUGGCGGAGUCAAGCCCAUGGAUUUGGUCUCUGUGACAACCAGCCCCGCCCCUUCUCAAAGUGGCCGCCCGGGUCUUCCCAGAAGGAUGUUCUCCUUCCUGUCUGUGGCCUGGGGCUUUGUGUCUGACGUGGACAUUGAGAGUGAGAGGUACCGGGGUCUGGGGUCGGCACGGUUCACCCUGGGCACUCUGGUCCGCCUGGCCUCCCUGCGCUCCUAUAAGGGCCGUCUGUCCUACCUGCCCCCCCUCCAUAGUCGCCACAUCCCCAGACGCCAUCCCUCCGCCCCUGCGCAGACCCCUGUCCCGCAGCAUCACGGCAGAGAGAGAGGGAGAGGAGGAGGGAGAGGGCCAGGGGGAGGGGGAACGGGGGUGGUCAGGGCGAGUAGCUUAGCAGAGGAUAGAGAGAGAGAGAUGGAGGGAGAGGUGGGGAGGUCAGGGACAAGUUCGGAGAGAUCUGGGACGAGUUUGGAGUCGAAUGAAAGGGAAGAUUGCAGGAUGGGAAGGGAGGAUGGGAUGACGGGGAACACGGAAGAAAGGCCAGAUGAGGAAAGAGAAGACGGCACGGUGGAGCAGGACUCAGGGGUGAUAGAGGAUAUAGAGGAGAGAGUGAGGAAUGGGGAAGGCUGCAGCGGCUCAAUGGAUGGAGUGAUGGAAGCGAAGGAGGUUGGAGAGGGGUACGGGGUGGACAUGGGUCGAGAGGCCAACGAGGACCCAGAGGGGUGUUACUCGUACCCUGACAACCUCCAGCAGACCAGACUGGCUCUAAGGAAGAACUCUGCCCCUUCCAGCCAGAUAGCUAACGCCUUCUUUAGCCAGCCCCUCAGCCAGGAGGCCGACCCCGUGUCUGGAGCCUCGUACAGGGCAGAAGAGAUGGAUCUGAACGGAACAUACUUCCAGAGAGAAGCUUACCCACUGGACAUCGCCCGGGAGAGAGCCCUCACCAUAUCCUCUCCCUUCAGACACUCUCCUUUCUCCUUCAAGCCCAAAUCUCUGGACCAGAACACAUCCCGCCCCAGACCCCUAUCCCUCCUCCACCACCCCCACUCCAACUCCCUACCCCCUAAACUCCCAUCCCUGUCCCUCUCCCUCUCUCCCACGCCCCCUUCCUCCCCGUCCUGCGCCUCCCCUCACUCCUCCUCCUACCUCGUUCCGCGCCCCAACACACCCAACUCUACUUCACCUUCCCCGUCUCUCCAGUCCCCCUCCUUUACCUUUGACAUUGCAGAACCUGCUGGACCCUCAAGAACCGCCCCCCGUCUCACUCCCUUUCAACCCCCCAGGGAUGACCUCCUGCCCCCCUUGGACCAGGCCCUGCCGACCCGGGACUGGGUGACAAUAGAGGGGGACUUUGUGCUUGUGCUGGCCAUCUACCAGUCCCAUCUCGGGGCAGACCUCCACGCCGCCCCCCAAGCCAGGUUUGACGAUGGGCUGAUCCACCUGACGUUUGUGCGGGCAGGGAUCUCCAGAGCCACCCUGCUCCGUCUGUUCCUGGCCAUGGAGAGGGGGGCACACCUGUCUCUCAGCUCCCCCUAUGUGAGCCACGUCCCAGCCAGGGCCUUCAGGCUGCAGCCCCUCUCCCCACGAGGAACACUCACUGUGGACGGGGAACUGGUGCCAUACGGCCCGCUGCAGGCACAGGUCCAUCCCUCUAUGUCCCGGCUCAUUGUCGGCGACUCUGGAGUGAAGAUCACCCGAUUCUGACAAGGGAUUGGCUGACCAGAUCAGCUGAUACGGCGCUCUCUCCAACUAUGUAAUCUCUCUCCAACUAUGUAAUCUCUCUCCAACUAUGUAAUCUCUCUCCAACUAUAUAAUCUCUGUUGCCUUCUACGUUCACAGAGAAAGGGGAGAAAAAAAGCCUCAGAGACUGAAAAUAGACUGACUCAUUUCUAGGGUUUAAUGGAAGGGAUCACCUGCUGAGCAGAGCGGCGGUGCAGGACGCAAGCCGAGGGAUUAAUAGAGAAUUUUAAAAACGGAUGAAAACGAGCUUUGUUGCACAGCUGUUGGAUUCCACUCCGUUUAUCCUGAGAAGCCUGUACCUGCAUAGCCAUGGGAUCUAAAGAGGGGGGGACACGUUGAAUGUGUAUGGGGGAGUGUGUAUUCGGUGCAUGUGUGAGGUGUAUACAUUCUAGUAUGCACAAAUGGCAUGCAGAGAUGCACAUUUCCUGACCUUGCCUUACAGAGUUCAGAUUUCUUUGUUCUCUAUCAAAGCUGUCCUAGAACAGUUCUAGAACUUCUUCAGAGGGAGCCACACCCUCAUGCAAAUGUAGAUCCCCUUCCGUAUUGGAACCGCUGUCCUUCCCUGUAAUGCCUUAAAGUACAACUCCUGUGACUUUGCCCUUUCAGUCUUUUAUAAGAAGCCUAAACCUGCGACAACGCAAAUCUCCAUUCACCAGAGGCUGGUGGGAGGAGCUAUAGGAGGACAGGCUCAUUGUAAAGACUGAAAUGGAAUUAAUGGAACGGUAUCAAAACCCCAUGUUUGACUCUGUUCUAUUUAUUCCAUUCCAGCCAUGACAAUGAGCCUGUCCUCAUAUAGCUCCUCCCACCAGCCUCCUCUGCCAUCCAGGUAUAUCAGAAGGGACCGUCCACUACAGGAAAAACAAAGAAAAGCUGAUGAGCAUACUGUAGUGUUAAGUUUGUAUUGGUGUGUAUGUAAUAUCUGUGCACAAAGGAAGUUCAUUAGCAAUCCCAUGGAGACAAUUACUCCUAGAAUAAACCAGUAAAGUUAGAUCAACACUGAAAUAAAUAUAAAUCUCAUUGAGUCGUUUUACACGGGUAUUCCACAAUAGGAUAGAUGGGACUGUUGAACAGUAGCCAUCAUGGUGUAUAGUGCAUUUGCCUGUUUUUCUUAGAAAAAAGGGUGCAUGAUGAUGAUGAUGCUAGAUUAUGAAGUUGCAACACAGUGAACACGAGACUGUUGCUUGAUCAAGUUUCAUUUAUGUUGUCACGGAAUCCUCAGUCUCACAAAGACCCAGAAUGCUGGUUGUUUUCAGCAAAUAGUCACUAGUUCCACAUGUGUAAACUGCCUUUUUACUACAUACCUCUGUUGUAGUCGAUUUGAAUUGAUAUAAUUGUGAGUAGAUUCUGAAGUGUUAUGCAGCUGCAGAAAAUCAACCCUCGAUUGUAUUCUAUCUCUUAGAUAAAGAUUGCUGUUGAAAGGAACAAGAUGUACUUGUCUUGCUGGUGUUAUUUACCACAUGACAAGCAGAUUGUUUCCAUAGGAGACAGUUAUAAUCUUAAACAGACAACAUAAACUCAGUAAAUGAUUGAUUACCAUCUUGAGGAUUUAGCUAAUCACAGACGAGGCUGUGCCUCCCAAAUCAUAGCCUACAUUUCAGAAAUGGCUUUCUCAAUGGAAUGUAGCCUAUACAGUUGAAGUCGGAAGUUUACAUACACUUAGGUUGGAGCCAUUAAAACUAGUUUUUCAACCACUCCACAAAUUUCUUGUUAACAAACUAUAGUUUUGGCAAGUCGGUUAGGACAUCUACU